AUGUGGCCGGCGGGCCGUAACGGUGCGUUCACGGGAUUUUUUCUGGAGUAUUUGAAAGUUAUCAAGAAGAAGAAGGAUUGGCGCCUGGUUCGAAGUGACACGGAAAAUGCGAAGAGAAGCAAAGGCAAGAAGGCGGAGCAGACUGAGGAGGAGCGGAGCUGCAGAGAUGGAGCUGACGUGUGUCUGGAGAAGCAGCUGGAGCACUUCGAGUGGCAGCUGAGGAUUUUAAAGGAAGUGCUCUCGGCCAGCGGGAACCCAGAGAGGGCUGAGCUCCUGAACGACCACGCUGAUGAAGAUGUGUGUGCCCUUGUCCUAAGCAUCCUCGAUAAGGUGAAGACGGAGACGACGGCUGAUUUAAAUGUCCUGCAUGAACAGAAGAGUAAAACUGCAGCCGAAGAACACGAGAGACACGUGGAAGAGCUGCAGAAGACACACGAAGAGGAGAAAACCCAACUGACAGCAGCAUUUGAGGCAGCUGAGAAAGUCCUCACGAAUAAAGUGGAGGAGGUGACGGCAGAGCUGCAGGUUUACAAAGAGCUGAAGAGGAGAGUCGAAGAAUCGACAUUUAAGAAAGACCUGCAGAGAAACAUACAGACCCACGGCAGCCCAGGUGCAUUCUGGGAGUUGGAGCAGGAGUCUCUGGUGUUUGUCAUCGAGAUGAAGAGUGAGCGUGUGCAGGAGCAGAGCAGGAAGCUGCAGCAGAUGGACGCUCUGGUAGAGAAGAAUGUGUCUUUGGAGGAUCAGAUUGUUCACAUCCUGCAGCAGAACGAAGAUCUGAGAGUCCGACUAGACAACUCCCAGACACUCAUUCAGCAGCUGUCAAAGGAGCAGCAGGACCUGAAGGUGGCGCUGGAGAAGCAGGCAACAGUAAACCAGAAGCUUUCUCAGGAAAAAGAACAGCUGAUGUUCAAACUGCGACACCGAGACGCGUGCCCGACCAUCCACCUGCCUGCUAUGGUGCAGGAGAUCACACCGAGAUGACUGUGAUCACAUGAGCCUGACUGUGGAUCCUGUGCGUCGUCCAUGUACAUAGAAGCUCUGUGUUUUACUGUUAAUUGCCUGGUUUACCGCUUCAUGUCCUACCAGCCACCAGCAGGUCGCUGAAGGCUCUAAGCUGAAGCCUGGCUACAUCAGUGCUGAACAACAGAAAGACGUUCACUGUGUCCACUGGUAACUGUUGUUCUUACCUGCAGUUGAGCAGAUUUACUACAGAACAACACAGUGCAUCUUGUGUGUAAAUACUGCACUGAGCCAGACAACAGUUUGGACCUCAGAUUAUCCCGGGUAAAGGGGUAACUACACUGAUCUGCUGUCUGUUUAUAUAGGUUUUGCUUUUAUUCUUUGUGCAAUGAGGAGAGACUGUUGACUGACACAUUGUCGUAUGUUGGAACAGUUGAAUGUUCUGCAAAUCCAGUUCAGCCAAAGGAAAGUUUUGCUUUGUUGAAUUAAUUAGAAAACAAAACGAUGGACAGAGCAGUGUGGCAGCUCCAUAAAUGCUUGGCAAAGUCAUUCAGUAGUGAACUUGUGACUUCUUGCAGGCUUAGUGGACCAGUGAGCUAAGUGGUAAAAUGCUCGUCAGCCAGUAGCAUAAAACACAAGUGAACACCUUCCUGUUUGUUUCCCCUGAACCCUUACUAGUAAUACAUGCAGUUAAACAGGUUUACAUCUGGAAAACCAGCAGCUAGUGGCAAACCAAGCUAGCUGGUUUGCUAACUGCCAGUUACUUAGCUUGGUAGCAGACUAGAACAUACUGAAGAAUAUUUGUGUCUCAGUACCAAGUGCCCAAUUUGACCACAGUAAACUACUUUCUGCAAGCACAUAACUUUACUGAGAAAUGAUUAUGCACAGAUUAUUGAAUUUGAACGAAGUCUUAUUUUGGGAAGUGGAAGUGUGCUCCAGCUUGAGGAAUGACCUAAAAGGUUCACAGUAAAUGUUAGACACCAAGGCUCAGAAAUAGUCGCUGGUAACUGGUUAAAGUAGGUUUGGUGUCAGGUUAAGUGCCACAAAACAGAUUUAGGUAGGUAAAUGCCAAAUGUGACUGUAGAGUAUUUGGCAGCUGAGAAAUCUGCCACACUGUGCCCUUAGUAUUUUGGGGUUUUGAAAGUGUUUAAGCCUCAGAAUCACAAAAAAACCAUUUACUUUUGAGUUUUAUUUAGUAAAACUAAGCAAGCAUGCAGCACAUAGGGCUAUCUCUAGAGCUAAUGACAGGAGUCAUGUUAGCCUCACUGCUUGUAGGCCAAGGUUGACAUGCUAACAUUUUAAUAUGUUAAAUUAUCUAUUUACAUGCAAUUCAUGUCAACUAUGAGUCUCUUAACAUCCAACUGUGUUAAAUGUUAGCAUGUCUAUGUCAAGCAGUUAGUAAAGUUUGUGUGAACAUGCUAAUGUUAGCACAGCUCCAGUACAGUUUAGAGUGGUAAAAGUUGAAUCCAGGGUUUAGUUGAGCUAGUAGUAAACAUAUUACAAGUACAGUAUUGUUUUAAAAUGGUUUUACACAAACGGUUUUGUCUGCAGCUGUGUUAUAAGCAUUCAAUCCUCUGGCCUGCUAACGUAACACGCUAGCUACCAAAAAUCAUCAAGCUAGCUGGCUUGUAACCAGCUGUGUUAUAUUGGAGCAUGAGUAUUACGUUUCCCACUUAUAAGUACUAUAGUUAAGCUGGCAUCUAAGAGGUUUCUAAAAUAUCACGUUUUGGCGCUUAAGACGGGGGUCUGAAAAGCCGAGGCAAGAACAGUUUGUUCAUUCUUCUGUGGUUCUUUUCACUAAGUUAGCCAUUGAUGCUAACAGUAUUUGCCACCAAAUACAGUUUAUGCGACAUGACCUCAUUUUAAAAAGUCUAUUUUUCUACCAUGGACUCGUGUUUGCUGUGCUGCAUCUGUUUGUGGAGCAGUUUCUUCUCCACCAGAGCCAGUCAUGUGACAUUUUAGGAUGAUGGUCAGCGGAUAUAAUAGCUCAGUGCAUUUUGGACUUGUAGGCUUGGUUCCCACUAAGUUUAGGUACCUCAGUUAGAAACUAACAGUGGUGCCAGGUUGCAUGUUAACCUGUCUACAAAGUCUUUCCAUGGGUUUACUUAGCAGAGGAUGGUUUAUUGUUGCUGCUGUGACCGAGGCCUUUAGUCUUGUUGCCCACUGACAGAUACAGUAUGUUUACCAUCAGAGUUUCCCAUGGUCUGUUGAUUUUAAAUUUUCAUCCACUACUACUUGAUAAACACCACGCAAUAAUCACGGUAUACUUCUUGCCUUUAAAAAGCUUGAAAACUUGAUAUAUUUUGUUGCUUUUUAAACAUGUGAAAGGAUUUGCCAUUCUGUCCAUUUGGUAUAGAUACUUCUCUUUUUGUGAACGUGGGAGUUUGUGGGAAUUAUAGGUUUGUAAUUGACAAAAAAAUCAGUGGUUUGACAACUCUCAUUAUGCACUAGCACUUUGCCAAGAAUUCUACACCAGUUUGUAGGAGAGAGAUUUUUCUCCAUAUGGUACAGUUUGAAUUUCCUCAGCUUUGUACUAUAAAGAUGUUUUAUCUGUUUAUGGUUGGAUUCAAGUCCAGCAGUUGGUUUUCAGCGUGUUUUAGGUACAAUCAAGCAUUUUCCUUUUUUGUUUUUGGUUUGACAAAAUAAAAAGCUGCAACUAAAACUGA